ACCCGCGCUUCGUGCAGACUUUGUCAACUACUACAAUGUAUUUAUGACGAUCAUACCCAGACUGCCUGUGUUCAAAUUCGCGUCGAAUGAAGGUCGUUCACUCUGUUUAGAGAUUCUGGCUAAAACACCGUUGCCGUACCAACCACAUGACUACCAGCUCGAAGGUGCACGCAAAGCGUUGGAUGGCAUCGACAUCCUGGCCGUGACCCCUACGGGAUCCGGAAAAACUGGUUUCCUCACCAUGUACAUGCUCGUGACGCAAGCCAUUGCGUCCGACUCUUCUUUGUGCCCACAGAAGCGCAUGAAGAAACGAGCAAUCAUGAUUGUUGUGUGCCCAACAAAAGCGCUUGAACAUGACAUGGAGCACAAGUUCAAUUUAGUCGGACUGUCAACACUGGUAAUCAAUGCAGAUACAGUCGAUGAAGCUCGGCGAAGCGGUACCGAUAUUUGGACGACAGCUCAUUCAGAGGUGUCGAUUCUUUUACUCGCACCUGAGCAGCUAAAGUCGUCCGAAUUCGGGCACCUUCUCAACAAUAAGGAGUUUCAGCUGCGUGUGGUGGCAUUCGCAGUCGACGAAAGCCACCUUCUAGACACAUGGGGCGCCUCAUUUCGACCUGUGUUCAAGCAGAUCGGCGACGUUCGCAUGCGCCUACCUCAAACACCCGUUUUGAUUGCUUUGACAGCCACUCUGCGUGUCGGCACCCAUACAUCAAAUGUUCGCGACUUCCUCGGCCUCGGCGAUUCUUACCAUCUCAUACGGCAUUCCAACGCACGGUUUGAUCUGCAGUUCCUCUUCCGCACCAUGUCGUCAAGUCCACGUUCUCUGAAAUUUCCUGAACUUGACUGGGUACUCGAAAGCGAACGGCGUAUAAUCAUUUUCUGUACGACGAUCUCCCUGGGCUUUCGUGUAAUGACGUACCUGUGGCGGCGUGCGUAUGAACUUCGCGAUCGACGUAAAUGCAUCCGCAUGUACAAUUCACUCAACUGGCCGUCAUACAACGCUGACACUCUCGAGCUCAUGCACACCGACACAAGCUCUCUUGUCACUAUCGCUACCGAUACGCUGUCCCAAGGGAUCGAUGUCGCAAACACCGAUGACGUAGUCCUCUAUGGGGAUAUUCCAACCACGUCUGAUAUGGUUCUUCAGAGGGGUGGUCGCAUCCGUGAUGGAAAAGGCAGGAACUCACGCGUGAUUGUAUAUUUACCUUCAACGGCCGUUGAGACGGCCCUUAAGGUUCUCGACGACGAAGGGCAGCAGGGUAGAAUGGGGAAGGAUGCAAGGACGACAAUAGACCCCAGCAUUGCCUACCUCAUUUUGGCUAAAUGCAAGGUCGACGCCGUUAACAAGCUCUAUGGGAACCCCAUCAAAGAGGUUCCAUGUGGCUGUAGCACCUGUCGUGUAAAUCCUCCAGUGCCAAAGCCAGAGCAAUGCAAUUGUUCAGGUUGUAUUCCCGAAGUCAUCGAGAAAAUGACAUCAGCGCCAUCUGCGAAAACAAAAGUCAAGAUACCUGCUAGCAAACGGGUCACUAAGGUUAUGCGCCGUCAUGCAAGUACGCGCCUUACUCGCUUUCGAGUGGAAUUAUGGGAAGAUGCCGAUGAAUGUAUGGAUUCAAUGCUGCCUUCAGAAGAGUUCCUGCCGGACACACUCGUCAAGGUCUUGCUCAAUAACUUCACCAGCAUCGAAAGUGCUAACAACAUUGCAGAGCUCCUAUCACACUAUCCGCCACUCGAAGGUCAUUUUGGAAAGCUAUACGGAGUAAUACAGGAGCUCGAUGUCGAUUUUAACAAGAUGCGAAGAGAUGCGAAGGUCGCUGCCGCUACAAAAUGGAAAGCUACUCUGGCAUGCAAAACUGAAGAAGCACGCAAGCAACGAAAAAAAAAUAAUACACUUGGUCGAAGCCCAGGAACAAUUGUCAUACCUGCACGGACCGUACCCCUACAACCUGCCGCUCAAGUGAGUGCGGUGACGAUCCGUAUUCCUGUAAGAACAAGGCGGAAACACAAAUAAGUCAAGCCCCGUCUCCUUCAUUGUCAGAGAGGUCCAUCGAUUGUGGGUCCACUUCCACCUCUUCCAAGGCAUCUUCAUCGGCGCUGUCACUAUAUCCAUCACUAUCCUCGUUCUCUUCAUCUUCAUCUUCGGCAUCACCAUUGUCAUCGUCCUGUGCUUGCAUACCUUCUAGUUCACCAAUCAUCAUUGUUAUCUCUCUGUCUGUUAAUGCGUCAUUCGUAACGACGAGUGUUCCAUCUUCCAAGUGAACAGAACACAUGCUAUAAGGAUCCGGCAAACUGGAAGCCUCCGAGUCUUCCUCCAUAAGAGCUUCACUUAGGUCAGCGAGCAAUGCAGUUCCAUCGGAGCUUGUGGUAUCGGAAUGUCGAAAAUGUAAGGUUUCAGUGAUGAACCUCUGUAGCCGACCAUUACGUAGAUUGUCAAGGCCACUGCGAUAGUUAUCCACAUCUCGGGCAUCCGUGAUUUUGUCGUAUGCCCGACCAGGGCAUCGUGAGUGGAUCUCCUCACUACGAAAGAUUUGCAAGAGGAUUGUGAGCUCGGCAUUUUCGUGCGGCUUGCAGUGCUUAGCAGAGUGAUCCUUUAGGUCAACACCGCUGCGAAUAUCAUCCAGGAGACGUGAAAGGUGGUGGACAUUGCGAGAUACGACAUUGCGAAGGUAUCUUGCAUUGUAUUGAACCCCCUUUCGUUCUGCAAUCAUCUGGAUGAUUCUGUUAUUACGUUCCUGAAGCCAAUCCGCAGCACAGAAAUGUCCUCCCUUUCCAGAU